UGCGAAGUGCGUGAUGUAAGAAAAAUGCAAUAUAUUCGAUUUCGAUAAUUCUUUUUCUAUCGGUAGUGUUUUCAGGUUGGUCCCAAGGUGCAAUAGCCAUUUUUAAUGCGCGCAUUUUAAGCUAAUGGAUUCCAUGGGAGCUGACUGACCUUCGGCUUGCAACAAGUAGGUAUUUCGCUAGCUUACUUGUGUGUCGCUUGCAUUAGCUCGAUCAGUUCCUUUUCGUACGCAUCGAAUGUCUGUUGUGAUUAUUUACAAGCCUGUCGUCUAAUAAAUAACAAAGCUUUAUUAAGCAAUAUGGCCGUAAUGAGUGUAUUCUUCGAACCGCCGUACAAUCGUCUAGCAUGCUCGGAAAUAUUGCUGCAUAAAGGUCAAACAUGCAAACAAAUGUUGUGGUGGAAUUGGUAUCGUUGUUCGAUGGGGAGCUUGAGGUAUUUUCUACCCUUGGCUAUUUCACCGCUAGUGCUUAGACCGAAGAGUUUGAAUAAGCAAACGCUUUUAAAUAUUUUUCGUCACUACUUGGAAUCGUCGCUAUGGAGUGCUUCAGGUUGCGCUUUAACCUUUUCUGCUAUCUGCUUGCUGCGAAAUGUGCUUGGGAGAUAUUACUUGUAUACCGCCACAUGCCUACCAGCAUAUUUAGCAUUUCAGUUGACCUGGUUCUUCCCCGUACGCACCGUGCGUCUCUUCAGCACUGCUACAACGCAAGCGGCACUCGAAACCUGGUUGCGUGAUCGAAACAGCAUAGUCACCCACUCGCUACCAAUCCAAACUCUCAUAUUUAUGUUCUCCAGCGCCAUAAUAUUGCAUACAAAACGGCGCAAGGACUUUAAUGGAUUUUGGUUUAUUAAUCCCAUCACUACUGGAGCACAACAAAAGAAAUCAGAGAACUAUGAAGAUCUCAAAAAAGCCGGAACUUGCAUACAUGAAGGGAAAACAUGUUGUCAUUUCAUUCUGGAAGGCAUGAGAAAGUAUUUGUUGUAUGGCGUGCCGUUAGAUUUGUUAAGCACUAUCACCAAGGGAAGACCACCACGAAGUUUCGAAGAACUGAAAAUUAUACGUUUCAAUAUGACUAAAUUUUUUCUGUCCUAUGUGGGAAUAUAUAGACUAUCCAGCUGUGUGCUAACUCGCUAUUCAAACUCAACUUAUGGUACACCACAACAUCUGCUAGCAGCUGGUUUGGGCGGCCUUUCAUACUUCUUUCUGGGCAAGAUAACAUUCAGCGUGCUGGCUCUUGUGGUAGCUACUCAAGCGGCUUGGCAAUUUUAUUGUAAUCAACAUAAUAAACAACCUGAAGGUAGACUGUUUGCGUUCCUCAAAAGAGUUCCGUUCGCCAAGUUGAUGAUACAAUUAAAUAUUGCCUAUUUGGCGCACAGUUAUGUCUUCAAACACGAAGCUAUGUCCAAAUUAGCGAAAGGAUUUUUUCGUGGCAUAACUGAUAACAGAUUUGAACGCAUAUAUCAACAUCUGUUAAAUUUGUUUACUGAACAUGAAAAAGUGCGGUUUUAAUUUAAAUGUUUUUACUGUUUUUAUAAUGGUGAUUUUCAACCAAAUCCAGCUUUUCUGGAAUGAACUCGUCAAAAUUUUAUUGAAUUUUAAUGUUGUUUAAUCGCAAUGUAAACGCCUCCAUUUUUCAAAGUGAAUAAAG